AUGAAAAAUCUAGGGGAAAUUGGAUGUUUUCUUGGUUUAGAAGUGGAGAAAUCAGAUCUGGGUUAUUUUGUUUCUCAAAAAGGAUACGCAAAAAGUCUCUUGGAGCGUUUUGGCAUGGGGGAGUCGAAAGAAAUGGCUACUCUAAUGGAACCCAAUCUGAAGUUAACAAAAGAUGAAGGAAAAUUGUUGAAAGAUGCCAAGAAAUUUCGACAGCUUGUUGGUUGUUUGAUUUAUCUAACCAUCACAAGACCUGAGAUUUCUUUCUCGGUUUCUGUGGUUUCUGUUGUUUCUCAAUUUAUGCAGAAUCCAAGAACUUCCCAUUUAGAUGCUGCAAAAAGAAUAUUGUGUUAUGUGAAAGGGUCUCUUAGCCAUGGACUUUGGUAUAAGAGAUGUGAAAAAUUUUUGUUGGUUGGAUUUACAGACGCAGAUUGGGCGGCUAAUGCAAGUGAUCGUCACUCAACCUCUGGCUAUUGCUUUAAUACAGGUUCAGCAGUAAUUUCUUGGAGUAGCAAGAAGCAAGACGUUGUGGCUCUUUCUAGUACAGAAUCAGAGUAUGUAGCAGCAACCAUGGCUGCUCAAGAGUGCAUUUGGUUAAAGAGCAUUUGGUUAAAGAGGUUGGAUUUAAGGACAUCUUCAAAUCCAAUAUUUCAUGCUCGGACAAAGCAUAUUGAAGUGCGACAUCACUUUAUUCGGGAGAAAGUCUUGAAUGAAGAGAUUGAAUUGAUAGGUGUUCGUACAAGUGAGCAAGUUGCCGAUAUUUUUACGAAGGCUUUGGUGAAGCCUAAGUUUCAGCUUUUCCGAGAUGCUCUUGGAGUUGUUGAUAGUAAGCUUGCACUAAGGGGGAGUAUUAAAAAUUAG